CAUGCGGAAACCAGAACCAGAAACUUAAAAAGAUAUGUUUGUUCAUGUUAGAUUGCAUGUGUAGCAAAAAGGGAGUCUUCAAAGUGUUAAAAAGUACCAUGGAAGCUUCGUUCUCCCCGUGGAGGAGCAGUGCCAUUGACACCAUUGUUGUUCGAGUUGUUUGAGUUCGGACUCGAUUUUGAUUAAAAAAAAAGUACGCACCAUUGGAGAUUUCUUGCUAUAUAAGUUUCUGCGGCAAAGCCUCACACGUUCGUAGGAAAUAGAGGGACCAAUGGCUGGGGGACAGCCGGGGUCAUCUGCAUCAAGUUUUAAUAGUUCGACAUCAUCGGUAAAUGCUAAAUCUAGCCGCCGGGAGCAAGAGAGAUCAACCGAGGUUUUUGAAUCAUCGGGUACUCGAAAUGUUGGACAAUCUUGUGAUACAGUAGAGGGUUCCAGUGCAGUGGCACAAGUGCAACAGGAAGGAUCAUCAAUGGAUGCCGUUCCUAAAGCAAGAAAAGAGCCUGCAAACAAGUGGAUGGCUUUCGGAGGAGAGGCUGCCGACAAGUCCAAUACCAUAAGCAUUGUUGAUUCUAUCAAAAACUUGAAUGGGGAGGGAAAGAUCCAAACGAAAAUUCCUCUCAUAGAAUUUAACUGAAGCUAGCAUAGCUGAAAGAACUGCAGA